AUCUGACUUGCCCGCUCAGCAGAAAAAUAUCUGAAAAAGAACUGGGUCUCCCCAAGAAUUGUUGGUUUGUUGUCGGUCUGUAUUCGAACCUAUCUGUCCUCUCUCUCACUUUUGUUUGUUCCUCUCUAGUUCUCUCUAGCUAUAGAUUUGGGACCCUUGACACACCACACUCGGUCAAUCUUUUUCGCCUUCCAUAGUCGCAGGAGUUGUCGGUUACAACGCCAUUUUUGACAAAAUAUAAAAUAUACAUACCUGACAUAUACCCACCUUGAAUCAGUAGCAAUGCCUUUCCCGGAGACACUCAACGCGAAGCCUCGGGUCAUCUUCUUCACCGACUUUGACGGCACCAUCACUCUCCAAGACACCAACGACUACAUCACCGACAAUUAUGGCAUGGGUAAGGCGGAGCGCCGCCAGCUCUUCCACGCCGUCAUCGACAACACCGACACGUUCCGCAACACGUUCCAAAAGAUGCUCGACUCGUGGAAGAUGCCGUUCCCGGAGAUUUUGAAGAUCCUGACGGACAACAUCACCCUCGACCCUCACUUCAAGGACUUUAUGGUGUGGGCGCGCUCCCACGACGUGCCCGUCAUCGUGCUCAGCUCCGGCAUGAUCCCCAUCAUCGAGACCCUCCUGCGGCACCUGCUCGGCGAGGAGCUGAUGAGGGACAUCGAGGUCGUCGCCAACGAGACCCAACUCCGCGCCCCGGGGAACUCCCUCGACAGGGGCGACGGCUGGACCAUCAAGUUCCACGACGACUCGGGCUUCGGCCACGACAAGUCUCUGACCAUCAGGCCCUACGCCGACGCCAUCGCCAAGAUGCCGCGCCACGAGGACCGCCCGACGCUCCUCUACGCCGGCGACGGCGUCAGCGACCUCAGCGCCGCCCGCGAGACCGACCUGCUCUUCGCCCGGGCCGGCCAGGACCUCAUCACCUACUGCGAGCGCGAGGGCAUCCCCUUCACCGAGUUCGAGAGCUGGAAGAGCAUCCUCGAGGAGACCAAGGACAUCUACGACGGCAAGAAGACCGUCAAGAGGAUCGCCGAGGAAGGGCUCAAGAAACACCGCACCUACUCGAUCGAGCACGGCGAGCAAAUGAGACCGACGACUCACUAGACCACCACACAGCCUAGUCGUGCAGGUGCAGCUUUGACGACAUUUUUCCCUUUUCAUCUCUCUUGGGGAUAGACUAGAGUGGGUAGAAAGGGACGUGGGGAUGGCCAAUAGAUAGUGCAUCGUGGCCGCUAUAGAGAUUUUGAUGACUCGAUAGACAGAAAUCUCCUUGGAUAUAGAUAAAUAGAUACUGGGGGAUUCUUCUUUUUAACUUUAUGAAUGCCCAUAUAGACGGGCAACCGUUAUCCCUGUCCUUGCGAUGGAUGGACGAGUUCAUAAAUCAUAUGACGCUCUCCAGAACAAACGAUGAGAGAUGAUCAUGUGAGAGACAAAGUACAUGCAUUGUGUUGGUAUUGAUAUGUACGUUGUGAAUAGGUAUGUAUACAC